GACCGGGGCGGGGCCUUGAAACCGGCCAGAACGGAAGUAGAGGUGCGUAGCUUCCGUUUGCAGUGCUAACUAGAAGUCCUGUGGAGCCUGGUACAGCGGCGUAGAAAGGACUUUCAAAUGCCUUGGGAACAGGAAUCAGAACUUACAAAGAGGGAUAAAGCUGCCAGAGUCAUUCAGAGGGCCUGGAAACGUUUUCUUAAUGUCACUGUCUUCCAACACUUUAAAAGACUGAUUGAUCUAAGAAGACGAGGAGAGCCACGUCAGAUAGUGAGAUACAUCAAUCCUAAAGAGGCAGAGCUGCUAGAUGCUGCUGCGGGCAUUCAUGUACGAUUCAGAUUAGGUGGUGUUAAAUUUCCACCUGAUAUAUACUAUAAAAUUUUCACUCAUAGACCUAUUGAAGACCUGUGUGCUAAUAGCCCUAGAGAUUAUACAAAACUUCCAGCAAAAUAUACAUCUCAUAUUAAAAGUGAUAAUCUUCAGAAAGAGGAUCAUUGUGGCUGGUAUCGUCGUAUAGAGAACAACGGCUGGAGGCUUGUCUCUGAUACAUUUUGGGUGUCUCCUGAAAACGUAGAGGUGGGAGACAAAAAAGAAAGCGAAUUCCAUUUCUCUAAACUGAAGAGAAGGCAAGAUAUGGAAAAGAAAAGAAAAAUUAGAAAAAUAGAAUGGAUGAGGAAAAUGUACUAUACAGGAAGCCUAGAGGCUAGGUCAACAAAUGCUAAAACUCUAGGUUUAAUCCACACAGCAACGAAGGGGCUAAUGAGAGCUGUCGAAAUCGGUGGAAUAGAUUCGGUGAUGGAAUGGGAGGUGGAUGAAGUGCUCAACUGGACAAACACGCUGAACUUUGAUGAGUAUAUUGCCAACUGGAAGGAAAUUGCUACAAGCAACUCUUCAGCUAACUUCAAAAGUUUCCCAUUUGAGCAAGCACGGAAACGAGGAUACGACUCUGUAGAUAUAUCAGAGGAGAAAUUGGGAAUCCCAGAAGAUACUUUAGAUGGAAGUUUUUAUGAAAAACCAAAUUUUCCUAGACUGUCACCUGAUCUCACUUAACGGAGUAUAAAGUUCUCCGCUUUCCUGAGCGGUAGCCCUUCACCCCGACUCCAUCAGUUACUGUCAAGAGAUCGUUUACUCUGACUGGAAUGACUUGUGUGUUCUUGGCACAGAAUCUGUCUACCUCAAGUAAAUAAGGAAGCCUAAAGAGAAAUAAGACAUCAGACUCAAAACAACGGUCAUGAAAAUGUAGAAAUUAUUCCUUGUAUUUGAAGAAACUGCAGUAAUCUCACAGUCACACGUAAAUAAAUACAUUUAGGUGCAAAAAAAAAAAAUCUUUGGAUUUUCUUCUUGAAGCAUUCUUCGGGUGUUCAUGUCAGAGCUCUUUUUCCAUUUAAAAAAGGAAAGG